AACGAUGCAGGGAGCAGAGAGAAGAUACGAGGUCGAAUUCUUAAAGGUUUACGAAUUGUAUGAACCUCGAAGGUAACCUUGUCCCCAGGCUAUUGCGAACAGCCAUAUCAGAGACUAGCCCACAGCUGGAUUUAAAUGUACGCGUUGUCUUUUUCACACUUUGACCUUUUUCACUCGGAUUUACAAUGGGUCAAAAUCAGCAAGCUCAGUCAACCAGCGAAGAAGAGUUGGAAAUAUCGACAAUUCAAGACCUCUACAGGAGGUUCAUCAAUGAGUGCCCCAGCGGUUCGUUGCACUUGCACGAGUUCAAAAGGAUGUUUGGGGUUCAAAACGAUAAUUCGCCAGAAUCGCAAUACAUGGAGGGCAUAUUCAGUGCGUUUGAUAUGAAUGGGGACAACACCAUGGAUUUUAUUGAGUAUGUUGCUGCGCUAAACCUUGUGCUUCGAGGACGGCUCGAGGAUAAACUCAAGUGGUCUUUCAAGGUGUUUGACAACGAUGACAAUGGACGACUGGACAGGCACGAGUUGAGAAUAAUUAUAAGGAUCAUCUACAAGAUAAAGAAAGGUUCUGUCAGUGACGAGGCAGGUCAAACCCACCUUACACCUGAAGAGGUUUGUGACCAUAUCUUCCAGAAAGUUGACGAGAAUGGACCACUUAUUUGUCAGAUAACUCUGGAGGAGUUUGUGGGGGGCAAAGAGAGACCCUGGGUACAAAAACUCAUACGCCUGGAUAUCAACCCCAGUUACUGGGUCCACCAGCACUUGAGUGACAGAAAACUCCAGAGUCCAAAACGAUGA